UGUGUGUGAGAGUGAGUGAGAAAGUGACAGAGCGAGUGAGAGAGAGAAAAAGAGAGUCUUAGUCAGUUUAGCAGGCAAAACAGCAGAACGCCAUGAAGGAUUGACGAAGAUGGGCAUAAUUUCUUGAGCACCUUUUUUCAAUUCUAAGCCCCGGACGGUGUAAAAUCAUGCCUACUCAAGGCCACAAAAGAGGGUCUGAUGACUCCUCUACUUCAAAUGAUCAGGGCAGGGAAGGUAAUAAACGACUUUGUGCCAUAGCAAAGGGAACUGCAGCAACACCUACCCUCGAGAUGGAUGUCAUAAAAGUGGCCAAAGAGGGCAUUGGAAAAGUCCUCAGCAGACUAAACAAGGUGUCAUCUCCAUAUGCAAACACGGAUUUCAUUGGUUAUUUAAGGGAAAAAAUCUCAGCUUUGGAGGCUGUCAUUGACGACAAAGUUGUUGUUGGUGUAUUUGGGAGGUCAGGAGCUGGUAAGAGCUCACUGAUGAAUGCCAUUUUGGGGGUGAAGACCUUGCUGCCCUCAGGGACUGUUGGCGCAUGCACAUCAGUCAUCAUCCAGGUGGAGGCCAAUAUGACUGACUCCAACUACGUGGCAGAGAUUGACUUCAUUUCUAAAGAGGAAUGGGAGAAGGAGCUGGAAUCACUUUUGAAAAUCAAAGAAAUGGAUGGUGAGGAGAAAGAUAAAAGGAUGGUGAAUAUGGCGAACAGUAAAAUCCAGGCAUUGUACGGAGAAGAUGCAGUCGGGAAAAGCUUUGAUGAACUGAAGUCAGUGGAGUCAGAGACAUUCAGCGACAUCCCAGAGUUUCUCUCAUCAACUAGGAAAAUCCUGUCAUUUGACACAGCCACUAAGUUCUCUACAGAGAUCGCCUGCUACAUACGAAGCAAAAGAAAGAUACAUGGGAAACAAUCUAAAUCAUCUCAGAUACACUACUGGCCACUUGUGAAGUAUGUGACCAUCAAGAUGCCAAACUCCAAGGAUCUUCUGGAACACAUUGUGCUGGUGGAUCUUCCAGGAACUGGAGACUGCAACAAGGCCAGAGAUGAGAUGUGGGAAUCGUACAUUACUAAGUGCUCCUCUGUGUGGGUGGUGGCUGACAUUGACCGGGCCGCGGCUGACAGUGAUGCAUGGAAUAUACUGGACAACAGCAUCAGUAAUAUGGGUCCUGGUGGACAGUGUCAGAACAUCACCUUCAUCUGUACUAAGACAGACGACAUCAACCCAGACAAUUAUAUGCUUGAAAUGGACGAUGAAGACCUUCACAUAGAGGUACAGGACUCUUCUAACUAUUCAGAGGAGCAGAAACGUGCAUGCAUAUUGCACCGAAAUCAACAAGCCAAGAUGGAAAUUCAAGAGAAUUACAGCAACCCGUAUGAAGCUAUUGAUGAAAUGCAGCUGUUUACUGUUAGUUCUCAAGAAUUCCAGAAGGAUAAUAACUGCAUUCUGCGACAAGAAGAGACAGAGAUACCUGAGCUGAGAGCUCUGCUGAAAAGCUUGAACGACCAACGGUCAGAAAAAGUGAUGAGAGACUAUGUGAUUGGAGCCUAUGGGAUCCUCUCCCUGGUCCACGUGGUAAACCAUGGGAUCACCAAAUCGAUGGAGACCGAAAAAGAAAAAUUGCACAAGCUUCUAGAACAAAGGCUGGAAGAUGAGCUCCAGAACAUUGACCAGUUCAUGUCAAACAUUCACAUGGAGUUUGACAAGUGCCUUUCAGCCGGAGUGCUAGAGUCAGAGAAGACAUGUGUGACAAGAGCCAAGGAGGAAGUGAUAGCACCAAAAGGAAAAGGAGGAGGAGGGUACCACCAGACCCUGAGAGCUGUAUGCAACGGCCAGGGGUUCUGCAGGUCAACAAAUGGAGUAAAAACAAACAUGAACGCUUCUCUGAGCAGCUCUCUGUGCGAUUCCAUUAGAAAUAUAUUUUCAAAAACAUUCAAGAAAUCUCAGAAAUCUAUCUCUGCAAAGAUUGAUAAUUUCAGCAUCCUCUUAGAGCGCCAUGAUGAAGAAACCAUGUUUCCUCGGCUGGCAUUCCUCAAAACUGAGGAACACAAAUUGAAGGCAGAUCUUAAACAUGAGAUCAUCCAGAGGAAGAAGGAAAUUUACUCUUCGCUCAUCAAGUCAAUCAUGACCUCCAUGCUCCCCUCCUAUACAGAGGCUUCAAAUGUACAUGGGAAAGGAUCCCUAAAGAGAAUGCAGGACAUACUCGAGAGUCACAUUGAGUCAUCAAAGAGCACCAUGUUCCACGAUGCUAAGGGGAAGAUGCUGAAGCUACUAACCAAGCUCAGGGAAUACAUUGUGCAGGAAAUAAGGUCUAAACUAAAGGAAGCUAUGAAGCAGUCACUCCACAAUGAGCUACCUCUCCCAGAUAUAUCUGAGCACUAUGAGAUAGUGAAGAGCGCCCAUGAAAAGAUGACGGGUAAACCUAUCACAGAUGUUGAAGAUGAGAAAUGUGUUCCAGAACACAGCUCGGGGAAGGAAACGACAUCUGAGCAGGUUCUAAUUAUCCCAGUAAGAACUCAACGGACACUAUGAAAGCUUAAACCAAGUUUAUUCAUCCCAGAGGGUCGAACAGCUGAACCGACUAAGACACAUUCCAAUAGUGCUGGUGUAAGUAACCCAAUUUGGGGUGGAACCUCCUCCUUCUCUCCAAACACUACAUCUCUGUUGCUAGGCAGGAAAUUAAGUGGCAUGGGCAAUAAACUGUUCCUUCUCCCUUAACAUGACCUGAGCUGAACUCGGCCCCCUCCCUCACUAAUCCACAGCUCUCCACCCAUAUCAGUGCCUGCCAAGAUGUGAUCGUCUUUCCUUCACUCAGUACUCAGUACAAAGCUUAAUUGCCUCUACCAUAAACAUUCCUCCUACAGAUAACCAUUAACUUCUGGUGUAGACCUUCUCUAGACCAUAGCGCUCAAUAUGAUACCUGAUAAUUAACCCUAUUUCAAGUUUUAGGAGUUAGAUCCCAGAAUCCAUCAGUCCCCCGUUUUGAACAUUUAACUCAAUACUGUUCAACAUUACAUAAACUUGGAAAUUACUUAUUAAUGGACAAACAAUGAUAAUAAAACAUGAACAAAUAAAUAAAAUAAACAUGACUAACAUUCACUGAGGUUUACAAACUCAGAGACUUAUGGCCUCUGUUCUACGAUCACACCAUACACAAACUUAUUUCCAUUUCUCAUAGAUGAUAAUAACGUGUCCACUGGAGCUGUCGACUUCUUCCAUUUCAACUUUCUCCUUCUGGUUCCCAAGCGAGUGAUAGCACAAGACUUGAAAAGCAGCAAGAAAGACGAAACAUAACAGCAUUAACAAUGUGGUAAGCGAUGCAUAAUUAUAUAUGCAUGAAAAUCCAAAGUCUCAUAACAUGACAAUUCCCUCUCUCUUCGCCUGCCUCUAUGCUUCCAGGAUACUUUUCUUCUGGAUUCCACCCAGUCUUCCCUUUUCCAGCCACAGGCACCUAGAGGUGUUCCCAAGCCAUGUCAUUUUCACUCUGUUCCCCAUCUCCUUCUUCCUCCAUUAUCACCUGAUAGGCACGUCACCUGAUAGGCAAGUGCAUAGCCCUAAUCAACGCUACAUCAUCUUGAGGUAACUCAGCACUGUAUAUGCUUUCACAUCAAUGCCUUCAGAAUGUUGUCCAGUGUACAAUUACCCCAACAUAUAUCCUUUUAUUCGAUGCAUUAACCAAUAAAGCAACUAACCCAACCCAACAACAGAGGUUAAAGUAGCUCCCAGACCCAACCCAUCUGCAUGUCUAUAAUGGAAUAUACUCUCUCUCUCUUUAGCUCCGCUUCCUCUGUCAUGGCGUCUUCAAGCUCAACCAUUAUGCAGCUGGAACUCACUUCACGUGAGAACUAUGAACCCACUGAGGAGAGACAUGACGAUCUUUCCCACUGCAGGUGCUGUGUGGACCAGACCAACGCUGUCACACCACCCCCGCCUGGUGUAUCUUGAUGUACACUCAAUCUCCAGGAUUCAGCCCGUGUCCUCGGUUAUCUUCUGCUCCUCAUGUGCCGCUUCCACACGGGAAUAUACACACUGCAUUGUUCAUUUCCUGACGACAGGACAAGAAAUUGUUCUUAACUGACUUGCCUAGUUAAAUAAAGGAUAAAUAAAUAAAAAAUAAAAAU